AUGUUGCCGAAAUCGCGAGAGAAUCAAGGGCUGUGCGGAGCUUGUGAGGAGGCUGAUGUCACGUCAGCCUCGGAGCUGGCUCCGGUGCAGGUGUCCCCUGUUCCUCUGACUGAUCUCUUGGCUGGGCCUCCCCGGGGCUCCUGGUGCUCAAAGGCCCGUGUGUGGCAGCCCUGGGUCGGCCCUGUGCUGCAGGCGCUGCUAGGUGUCCAGGUCCCUAGCUGGGCCUACGGCUGUCCCAUCUGGAUGGAGUCAUGGAUGCCUACCGUCCUGCUACUGCUGUGGCUUCAGGGAUGCAUCUCAGGUCCCUCCGUGGAGAGCGUGUACAGGAAGGUCAGGCAGCGGGAAGGGGACACGCUGUCCGUGCAGUGCUCCUACAAGGGCCGCAGAAGCCGCCUGGACGGCAAGGUUUGGUGCAAGGUCAGGAGGAGGAAGUGCGAGCCCGGCUUCGUGCGGAGCUGGGUGAAGGGCCCCCGCUACUUGCUGCGCGAUGACGUCCAGGCCAAAGUGGUGCACAUCACCAUGGAGGCCCUCACGCGCCAGGACUCGGGCAAAUACUGGUGCAUGCGCAACACCUCUGGGUCCCUCCACCCCAUGAUGGGCUUCAUGCUGGACGUGUCCCCAGCCCCCGCAACGGAGAGAACCCUUCCUCUCACACAUCUAGCCAACACCCUCAAGAGUGGAAUUGUCACAACGGGCCAAGUCCCGAUCUCAGACCUUGCUGCCCCUUUCACCUCUGUUGUGACUGUGUUCACAUCUGGACCCCUCACCUUGGCCUCAGGGACCACGAGGCCAACGUCUGUGACUGACCUCAGCUUCACUGGUACCAGCACUGCCGCUACGGAACCCAGGAGGACCACGGGGCUCCAGCCAGUGACCGUGUCUCCCAGCGAUGCCCGGGCCUUCUCUGCUGGUCCUUCAAUCACCUCCGCCACGUCCGGGCACCUGAGCAGGAGCUUCUCCACCACGGGGACGUGCCACCAGUUAACCUCCAUCAGGUCCCAGGAACCUUACCUCAGUGGGCUCGUGGUGGUGCUGACGCUCCUCCCAGGACCCAUGGUGUUGGUGGUGGCCUAUAGGUUUUGGAAGAAGAGACAUAUGGGAAGCUACAGUGUGGACAGCGAUUCCGCCAAGCCAUGGACGUACCCACUGGAAGGGCCCGAGCUCCCGUGGCAGCCUGCUUGGUUUAAGACCACGUAA